UAGUCCGCCGCCUCCGCGCUCCGGCGGGGCAGGGCCGGUGUGACGGACGCUCGGCUCAGCCUAUGGGGCGGGUCCCGCCGCCGCUGUCCCUCGGCCCGGGCCGGCGCUGCGCGGGGCGGAGGCGGCGGCCGAGGUGACGGAGCGGCCCCGGGCGGGAGGUCCCCGGCGCGUCCGUCGGCGGAAGAUGCGAGGCGAGGCGGAGGGCCGGCUGUGAGCUGCGGCGGGGGGAGAGGCCCGGCGGUGUCCCCGGAGCGAGGCCGGAGCCCCCCCGCCCCCGUCCCCACCACAGGCCGGCGGAGGAUGCGGGUCGGGCCUCCCCGCCGAUGAGAGGGAGGAUGGGAACCCAGGGCAGCCCGGUGAAGAGCUACGAUUACCUCCUCAAGUUCCUGCUGGUGGGGGACAGCGACGUGGGCAAGGGGGAGAUCCUGGAGAGCCUUCAGGACGGGGCCUCCGAGUCCCCCUACGCCUACAGCAACGGAAUUGACUACAAGACCACUACUAUCUUGUUGGAUGGCAGAAGGGUCAAGCUGGAGCUCUGGGACACAUCAGGGCAAGGAAGAUUUUGCACCAUUUUCAGAUCCUACUCUAGAGGAGCCCAGGGAAUUCUCUUGGUGUAUGACAUCACGAAUCGCUGGUCCUUCGAUGGCAUAGACAGGUGGAUAAAGGAAAUAGAUGAGCACGCCCCAGGGGUGCCUCGGAUCCUGGUGGGAAACAGGCUCCACCUGGCCUUCAAGAGGCAGGUGCCCACGGAGCAGGCCCGGGCCUACGCCGAGAAGAACUGCAUGACGUUCUUUGAGGUGAGCCCCCUGUGCAACUUCAACGUCAUCGAGUCCUUCACAGAGCUGUCCCGCAUCGUCCUCAUGAGGCACGGCAUGGAGAAGAUCUGGAGACCCAACAGAGUGUUCAGCUUACAGGACCUGUGCUGCCGAGCCAUCGUUUCCUGCACCCCAGUUCACCUCAUUGACAAGCUGCCUUUGCCUGUCACCAUCAAGAGCCACUUGAAAUCCUUCUCCAUGGCCAACGGGAUGAACGCUGUGAUGAUGCACGGCCGCUCCUACUCGCUGGCCAGCAGCGGCGGCGGGAGCAGCAGCAAAGGCAACAGCCUCAAGAGAUCCAAAUCCAUCCGGCCUCCCCAGAGCCCCCCACAGAACUGCUCACGCAACAACUGCAAGAUCUCUUAGCAGGAAGGGACAAAAGCUAACUGGGAGCUUCUAAAGGUAUCCACAGGCACCCACUUGUGUACAGCUGUUUGCACACUGACCCCCUCCCUCCCCUCCCCUGGCUGGUGGGGACGCUCACACCAGCCGUAGGAAUGUGCUCACGUUUUGGCUCCGUGGUGCCCGCUGCAGCUCGUGGUGCUGAGGGGACAGGACUCUGCCAAGUGACCCUCCAGGAAUGCUUUGGGCUUUGCCUCUUGGCCCCGGGGUGGAAAAUUCAGCAGCUGUCACUGCUGGGGAGGGAGUGGGAGGGGAAAAAGGGAGGGGGAGGGAGGAAAAUAAGCUCAUCCAGUCUGGAUGGAGAAAUGGAUUUAAUGGAAGAUUGAGAGGCUUAAGGGAGUAGGCAAAGAGAGUGUGUGCUGCAACUUUAACUCUUGGACUCCUGAAGGAAUUGCUGGUGCAAUAGUGAUCCUUGGAUGUAGGAAAGGAUGAAAGGAGACAGUUUUCACCGGGAUGUUAAGCUGCUGUUGCCAAAAAGGAAAAGCAAACAAGGCAAGAGUUGGCCAAUUAGAAAGGGGAAGGAAGCACUCUGCUCGCCUUCCUCGGGUGUUUAUGUAAAUAUGACACAUACAGAGACAUCUCUCACUGGUUCUUUUUAAGGGUUGUGGGGUGUUUUUGGUUUUUUAAGGAGCAGUCAGGGAAAACUUUAUGCAGCCAUGUAAAUACAAGCACUGGAUUGGCUUUCACAGGGGGAGCAAAAAGGGGAGAAGAGGAGGGUUUUCCAAGGAAGACACACCAAUGCUUUAAGAGACUUUCAAACACACACAUCCACACACACCCCCCAGGCUUAAAUGCUACAUAUGCAGAAGGGAAGAAGGACUGGUGUGUAACCUACCCCGAGCUGCUUCCCCCUGAUGGUUCCCUGACAAACACUUGUGAGUGCUGAAGGCAGGGUGGGAUGUAGAUGGCUCGAGGGGCAGAGCAGAGGGGUCAGGGUCUUGGGGUUUGCUUUCAGCAGGCAGGAGAAAGAGGCAGCUCUGAGGUCACAGCGACGCCUCGCAGCCCACGGGGGACUGAGGAGCAGAGCCUGGAAGCAUGGUGCCUAAAACAGAGGGGAAGACACAGAGUUUUGUCCUUUAUUGCUGCAGACAGCUUGGCUGUGGCUCCCUGAGCCCUCCACCCACGCCACAGCCCCCCCAAAUCCUGGCUGCUCCUCGCUUUGCUUUUCCAAAGACGUCGUGCCUGAGCCGCAGCUCCUCCUGGAUGAAAGUGGGGAAAGGACAGAAGCAGCUUUUCCCUGCUGGAGCAUGAAGGAGCCCCAAGGGACUGGGAAGGUGGAACAGGUUUUGUGUGGUGAAUGUGCUCAGCUCGUGUGGCAGCACCAGGAGAUUGGGAAAGGCCUCUGCUGGCUUUCAGAGGGGCCACUCCUGCUCAGCAGCAGCCAGAGCUCGAGGGCUGCACGUGCUGCCGGAGAAGGUCCCAUGUCAAGCAAGGGCAUGGGCUUCCCUGGCUUCAUCCCAUGGCUGGAAAUUCACCUGGAAACUUAGAACUAACCCCUAGCCUUUAGUGCAAAAGCAAAGGGAGGCAUUGGCAGUGGUGCCCAGGAUGUGUAUGCUGGGAGUAGCAGGGUAGAAAGUGAACUGCUUUGCCUCAUGCUGGGCCAGUCUCCUCCUCAGCGAGGAUCAGAGCAGCUGGUUACAGUGCUGCCAUCUUCCUCCUGGUGUGGGCAACUCCUCCAGGCCUGGCCUUGCUCCUCUCCUCCAGGCCUGGCCUGGCUCCUCUACCCCAGGCAGAGCAGCAGCAGGUUGCAUUGGACAGGCAGGAUGAAGCCGCAGCAGCUCCUGGUGUGAGGAACUCCUCCCAGGCUUGGCCUGGCCUCGCUUCUCUAUCCCCAGGCAGAGCAGCAGCAGGUUGCAUUGCAUGGGCAGGAUGAAACCCCAGCAGUUCCUGGUGUGAGCAGCUCUUCCAGGCUUGGCCUGGCCUCGCUCCUCUAUCCCCAGGCUGAGCAGCAGGUUGCAUUGCACGGGCAGGAUGAAGCCACAGAGGCUGACAGACCCGCUUUGUUCAGGCAGCAGCCAGGGACACAGCCCUCAGCUCCUGCCUUCUCCUUUCUGGGAGGUGAAGGAGCUUUCCCCUUCCCCACUCUAAAGGACAAAACACAGUGCUGGGGGCAGGUCUCUUGGCUUGUCUCUAGCAUGCUUUAUUGCCCAGCUCAAAUGAGCGAGGAAAUUAAACCCCAGGCAGAUGGAAACUGGGGACGAAGGGGAGGGAGAAGAAUCCUUUGUAGUGGUGGUUUGGCUCAAGAGCAAAGGCACAGCCGAGCUCUGCUCGGUGGCACGAAGGCCAGGGCUGGGGAAGGGGAUUUGGAGAACCUGUCUGGGAUGGCUGGCACCUGUUUCCCAUCACUUAACACACAGCAGAAGACAAUCGCUGGCUCAGCAGCCCCGGGGAUAUACAGCCAACAGGUGACCAGCCCCACAAAAGCACCCGUGGGGGCACGGAGAGGGGUGAGAGGUUUCCUUCCCUGCCAUCACAAAGGAGAAGAAAGCCCCCACAAAACACUUGCUGUACCUCUGCUUGCUUAGGCACCUCCCUGCACCUUUUUCCUUGCAGUUGAGGGUGGGAGGGUCUCAAGAGCUCCUGUCUGUGAGUGAGGAGCAAAGGUUGACCCAGAGCCAAUCACUCAGCAAAAACCUUUCUGUUGUUGUGGUUGUUUUCGUUGGAAAGGCAAAACAAAAAGAGAGAUUCUUGCACCUGAUGUCAACACUAGUCUGAAGCUGCCCUCCCAACACUUUGUGCCAGGGCUGGCUUGGGCUUGGGCUUGGGCUCGGGCUCAGGCUCGUGGUUUGUCUCUGGACUGUCCUUUUAUUUUUGUAUUCCUUUGUACAGUCGGUGUCCUUGAGCUGGUUCCACCUGGGGGGGUUGUUUUGUAUAAAUUAAAGUCUUUUUGGUUUGUUUGUUGGUUUGCAACUA